AUGUACUGUGGCGAACAUGUCCACCCAUUCUUUGCGUAUAAUGAGAGCUCCAGCGCUCGAAUCCUCAAAUGUGGGGAAUGCAGCACCCAAUGCUUGGAUGAUUUGUGCCUGGUCACGCAACACUACUCCGAGGGCAGCGCGUGGCGGGCCUUCUCGGUGGAGGACAGCGUUGGUUUUCAUGCUGAGCCCGGCACGCGCCAGGCUCCAACAAAUGUGCCUCCGACGACCGUUCCCUUUGUGUUCGGUUGCCAGACCAAACUCACUGGUCUUUUCGUUCCGCAGCUGGAAAACGGCAUCAUGGGUCUCUCUCGCGGCCCUGAGAACCUCGUCUCCCACAUGCGGGCCGCCGGGCGCAUCCCGCGGGCGGCUUUCUCCCUCUGUUUCCACGAGCAUCCUAACGACGGGGGCUGGAUGACCGUGGGCACUCUCGAUGAUGCGACCAGCAGCAGUCGUGCCUCGCGGGACCUGGGAGAGGGUGCGGCCCAGGAU